AUGGAGCCCGUCCCGGAUUACGAGUAUGGGGGCUCUGAGCAGGAGAAUGCGGAGCUGCUGAGACUUGAGCUUGAACUGCGCGUCGAUCCUGACGACUACGGAACGUGGGAGCAGCUCGUGAGCGUCGCUGAGUCGCUCGAAGGUGGGAUCAACCGCAACUCCAACCCCCAGGCCAUCACCACUGCGCGCCGUAUCUAUGACAAGUUCCUCGCCAAAUUCCCCCUCUUUUUCGCCUACUGGAAGAAGUAUGCCGACAUGGAGUUUGCGACCACUGGCACUGAAGCCGCGGAGAUGGUCUAUGAACGCGGCAUUGCCAGCAUUCCCAUGUCCGUUGAUUUGUGGGCCAACUAUUGUUCCUUCAAAGCAGAGACUUCCCACGACCCUGUCAUCAUUCGAGACUUCUAUCUGGCUGUCUCUUCUCGACCGAGGCAGCGAUAUGAAUGUCUCCUCGUGCAUAUUGCGCUUGAUAAACUCCCAAUCCUUCUCUCCCUUCCUUGUCCUUCAUUGAUCAGUCCAAGAUGUCCCGAUGCUGACCCAAAGCUCAACAGACUUUUCGAACGCGCCCUAGCCGUCGUUGGUCACGAUUUCUACGGUCACGACCUCUGGGAUAAGUACAUCGUGUACGAGGAACGCCUUGAGGCUCAUGACAAGAUCUUUGCGAUCUUGGCCCGUGUCAUCCAUGUGCCCAUGCACCAAUAUGCUCGAUACUUCGAACGCUACCGUCACAUGGCCCAGCUUCGUCCCCUUGCCGAACUCGCCCCGAAGGAUGUCCUGACUCAACUCCGUGCCGAGGUUGAGACCAUGUUUGCUCAAGUCGGAGGUAAGAGCGAGGCCGAGAUUGAGCACGAGCUUCGUCUCCGGCUCGAUGCGCAGGUCCUGGAGACCUUCCACAAAACCCAGGCCGAGGUAAACAGUCGCUGGGCAUUCGAAUCUGAGAUCAAGCGCCCUUACUUCCACGUCACCGAGCUCGAUGAGGCCCAGCUUGUCAACUGGCGGAAGUACCUCGAUUUUGAAGAGUCCGAAGGUUCAUUUGACCGUAUCCGGUUCCUGUAUGAGCGCUGUCUCGUAACCUGUGCCUUCCAUGAAGAGUUCUGGCUCCGUUACGCUCGAUGGAUGACAGCUCAGCCUGACAAGGAGGAAGAAGUGCGUUUAAUCUACCAACGUGCUGUUUGCAUCUUUGUCCCCAUUGCUCUGCCUACCAUUCGACUGCAUUAUGCCUACUUCGAGGAGAUGGUUGGCCGCACUGAAGUGGCAAAGGAAAUUCAUCUGGGCAUUUUGAUCAACAUGCCUAGCCAUGUUGAAACCAUUGUGUCGCUGGCCAAUUUGUCUCGCCGUCACGGUGGCCUUGAUGCUGCCAUCGAAGUUUACAAGACCCAACUGAACUCCCCGGAGGUUGAUAUGGGCACCAAGGCUGCUCUGGUUGCUGAGUGGGCUCGCCUUCUGUGGAAGAUCAAGGGUGCACCCGAGGAAGCUCGCCAGGUCUUUGAAGAGAACAAGCAGUACUACCUGGACAGCCGCCCCUUCUGGUCCAGCUAUCUCAAGCUGGAGAUCGAACAGCCCACCAGCGCCGAGACCGAGUCCAAAGCCUACGAACGCAUUAAGGGUGUAAUUUCUGACGUGCGAUCUAAGAGCACCCUGCCUCCCGAAGCCGUGAAGGAACUAGUCGAACUCUACAUGACUUACUUGCUCGAGCGAGGCACUGCCGACUCGGCCAAAGAGUACAUCACUUUGGAUCGAGAAAUCCAUGGCCCUGCUUCUAUCGCGCUAGUUCGUACUGGCGGCCAUUACGCCUACUCCCCCGCCGCUGCUGAUCUUAUUUCCUCGCAGCAGCCUGCUGCCGACCCAGCCGCAGCGCAAGCUUACGCCUACUACCAGCAGGAAGGCGCUCUGAACGGUGCUCCCCAGGCCUAA